AAACAGAACUGCUACUUUACCAACUUUAUACUUAGUCGUUCCAACUCAUGAAUAUGAUUGAAUCAUACUUUAUAUUAUUUUCGAUUAUUGGUAAUUAUGUUUUUGGUGCACAAACUCAGUGUUCUCUCAGCGAUGUCAAGAAUAUUCUAGAAGGUUGCGACCAUAUAUCAGGGCUAAAUGUCACGAGUGUUGGAGGUACAAUGGUUAAUGACCACAAUUGUGAUGUUUUGCUGCCGAAGCAAGUGUUCAUUGAAGAACCGUUGUUCCAGUAUCCACUAGCAGACUCGAAAAAGUUUUAUACCAUCAUAAUGGUCGACCCAGAUGCACCUCCACAAUUGGAUGGCGAAUUUUUCCUGCACAUGCUUAAGUCGAAUAUUCCCGGCUUGGCUCUGAAAGCCAAAGAAACUGUCAAAACAGUGGGAAUAGACUAUAGAGGUUAUAAGCCACCAACGCCACCUCGCGGCACAGGUCCACAUCGCUACAUUAACUUAUUGUACGAGCAAGCUGAUGGAAACAACUUUCUUCCAACAGUACCGUCGACCCGCAGUCGAUUCAUGUUGUCGAACUGGCUGCGAGGUAAAAACUUGUGUGGCCCAGUCGCUGCAACGCAGUACCGAGUCCAAUACUAGAUGGCGCCACAAACACUCAAGGAUAUAAAAUUGUGAUAAAAUAAAUCAGUUUAUAAUAGAUAAUAAAUAAAUAGUAAUUCUA